CGGGAAGGCGGCGCGGGCACGCGGCGGCGACGGGAGUGGGGUCGGUGACGGGAGCGGGGGCCGUGCUGGUGGCUGACAGGAGCACCCGACCCCGCGGAGGUGCCCACCCACCGCCACCAUGGGCAAGAAAAGCAAAUUGGGCAAGAGCCGGAGGGACAAGUUCUACCACCUGGCCAAGGAGACGGGCUUUCGCUCCCGUUCCUCCUUCAAGCUUCUCCAGCUCAAUAGGAAGUUCCAGUUCCUGCAGAAGGCCCGGGCACUGCUGGACCUGUGUGCGGCUCCCGGCGGGUGGCUGCAGGUGGCUUCCAAAUUCAUGCCGGUUUCCAGCUUGAUUAUUGGAGUGGAUUUGGUCCCCAUCAAGCCCAUUCCCAACGUGGUGACGCUGCAGGAGGACAUCACCACUGAGAAGUGCCGCCAGGCCCUGCGCAAGGAGCUGCAGACGUGGAAGGUGGACGUUGUGCUGAACGAUGGAGCACCCAACGUGGGAGCCAACUGGGUGCAUGAUGCCUAUUCCCAAGCCAACCUGACCCUCAUGGCCCUGAAGCUGGCCUGCGAAUUCCUCUGCAAAGGUGGCUGGUUCAUCACCAAGGUUUUCCGUUCCCGGGAUUACCAGCCACUUCUCUGGAUCUUCCAGCAGUUCUUCAGCAAGGUCCAGGCCACCAAACCCCAAGCCUCCCGCAACGAGUCCGCUGAGAUCUUUGUGGUGUGCCAGGGUUAUCAGGCUCCAGACAAGAUCGACAGCAAGUUUUUUGACCCAAAAUAUGCCUUCAAGGAGGUGGAGGUUCAGACUAAGUCUGUUACUGAGCUGGUCAGCAAAAAGAAACCGAAGGCCGAAGGCUACGCAGAUGGUGACACCACCCUCUACCACCGCUUCACCCUCAUGGACUUCCUUAAGGCUCCCAACCCUGUGGACUUCCUCUCCAAGGCUAACGAGAUCACGCUGGGGGAUGGCGAGCUGGAAAACCACAGCUCCACCACAGAAGAGCUGCGCCAGUGCUGCAAGGACAUCCGUGUGCUGGGACGCAAAGAGCUCAGAGCCCUGCUCAACUGGAGGACAAAGUUGAGGCGUUUCUUGGCCAAAAAGCUGAAAGAGCAGGCAAAGGAGCUGGAUAUCAACCUGAGCUCUGGUGAAGAGGAGGAAGGCAAAGAGGAGGAGAAGGAGGAGAAGAAGGAGAAGAAGGCGUCGCCAAGCGCUGCACCUGAUGAGGAGGCGAAAGAAGAAGAGGAGGAGGUAGAGCUGGCGUUGGCAGAGAUGAAAGUCAAGGAGCUGGCAGAGUUAAAGAGGAAGAAGAAGAAGAUCCUGAAGGAACAGCGGAAGCAGCGUGAGCGUGUGGAGCUGAAGAUGGACCUCCCUGGUGUCUCCAUCGCUGAUGAUGGUGACACCAGCAUGUUCUCCCUCCGGACCAUCCACAGGACCCCGCUGCUGAACGAGUUGACCCGAGGAGACAUGGCAUCAGCAGAUGCCCUCCUGGAGAUAGGACCUGGAGACGAUGACAUUUAUAUCUCGGAUAAUGAGGAAGAUGAUGAUGUGUCCCUGGCCAGCGAUCUGGACCCGGAGGAACUGCUUGAGAUAGAAGCCCGUCAGCGCCGGCUGGAGCGGGAGAGGCGAGAGCAGGGUGCGAAGAGGGCAAAGUUUAAGCAGAAGGAGCAGGAGGAGGAGGAAGGGGAGGAACAGGAGAAUCCCCUGCUGGUACCCCUGGAGGAGAAGUCGGUGCUGGAGGAACGGCAGACCAGCCUGUGGUUUGAGAAGGAUGCUUUUGCCGGCAUCGAGGACGAUGCAGAUGAGGAUCUGGAGCUGAGGCAGUCACAGAUGUUGGCUGAGAGACAGCGCGGGUCUCAGAGAGACAAAGCAACAAAGAAAGGGCAGAAGAAGGAGGUACCUCAGGAGGCAGCUCCAGCUGAGCCCCCUCCUGCUGCAGACACAGGACCUGACGCAGGAAAAGCACAGGAUGAGGAGAGCAGUGAUGAUGACACCAGCAGUGACGAGGAGAGGUAUUCUGUGAUUCUGUAUUGGUGUGGGGGACCCCGUGUCCUGCUCACAUCUCACCCGCCGCCCCGCUCCCUCCCCAGGUAUUCCUUUAACGAGGAUGAGGGAGACCUGCCCGAGUGGUUCACGGAGGAGGAGAAGCAGCACCGGCGCAAGCAGGUCCCCGUGGACCGGCAGACGGUGGAGGCGUACCGGCAGCGCUGGAAGGAGAUCAACGCCCGCCCCAUCAAGAAGGUGGCAGAGGCCAAGGCCCGCAAGAAGCGACGGAUGCUGAAGAAGAUGGAGCAGAUGAAGAAGAAAGCAGAGGCCGUGGUGAGCACGGUGGAUAUCUCGGAGAGGGAGAAGGUGGCCCAGCUGCGACGCAUCUACAAGAAGGCUGGGCUGGCCAAGGAGAAGCGGCAGGUCACCUACUUGGUGGCUAAGAAGGGUGUAGGACCUCGCGUGCGUCGUCCUCCUGCGUCAAGGGCCAGUUCAAGGUCGUCGACAGCCGCCUGA